AUGUCCGAUGCCGUGGGCUCCAUACCGGUGAUAUAUCCCCCACAUUCAAAACUCACUGAUAAAGAGAAGACCAAUAUUUGCUAUUUGUCUUUUCCAGAUUCUAAUUCAGGUUGUCUUGGGGACACACAGUUUUGUUUUAGAUUUCGACGGUCUUCUGGAAGAAAAGUCUCAUUAUGCUGUUUUCUGGACCAUUUGGAUAGAGAUCUACCAGUUUACUUAAAGAAGGAUCCAGCUUACUACUAUGGCUACGUGUAUUUCAGACAAGUUCGAGACAAAUCAUUAAAAAGAGGCUAUUUCCAGAAGUCCUUGGUUCUCAUCAGCAAACUACCAUAUGUCCACUUUUUUCGCACUGUGCUUAAGCAAAUAGCACCAGAAUAUUUUGAAAAGAGUGAAGCUUUCCUGGAAGCAGUCUGCAGUGACAUUGAUCGUUGGCCACCUCCUGUUCCAGGGGAAAUACUGCAUUUGCCCAUUAUGGGUGUUGUAAUGAAGUUGCGGAUUCCAACAUACCGCGACAAGCCUGGAACAACCCAAGUAGUACAGAACAUGCACCAGGCAGAUGCACAAAUCUCUGUGGCCUUACCUACUGUUCAUGAAGUUGACCUGUUCAGGUGUUUCUGUCCAGUGUUCUUUCACAUUCAGAUGCUCUGGGAACUUGUACUGCUAGGAGAACCACUUGUUGUGAUGGCACCAUCACCAUCUGAGUCUUCAGAAACUGUGCUAGCACUUGUUAGUUGCAUUUCACCUCUGAAGUACUGCAGUGAUUUCAGGCCAUACUUUACCAUACAUGACAGUGAAUUCAAAGAAUAUACAACUCGAACACAAGCUCCACCAUCUGUCAUCUUAGGGGUGACCAACCCUUUUUUUGCUAAAACACUCCAGCACUGGCCCCACAUUAUCCGUAUCGGAGAUAUUAAACUUCCAGGUGAAGUUCCAAAGCAGAUGAAAGUGAAGAAACUCAAGAACCUAAAAACUUUGGACUCAAAACCUGGGGUUUAUACAUCUUAUAAGACAUAUUUAAACAAGGAUGAAGAAAUCAUAAAGCAAUUACAAAAGGGUGUACAGCAGAAACGUCCCUCAGAAGCUCAGAGUGUGAUUCUUCGGCGUUAUUUUUUGGAAUUGACAGAAAGUUUCAUUAUUCCAUUAGAACGUUAUGUGGCAAGUUUAAUGCCUCUGCAAAAAUGUAUAUCACCGUGGAAGAGUCCACCACAGCUGAGACAGUUUAGCCAAGAGGACUUCAUGAAGACACUGGAGAAAGCAGGACCACAGCUCACUUCAGGUUUAAAAGGAGAUUGGAUAGGACUUUACAGGCAUUUUUUGAAAUCACCAAACUUUGAUGGUUGGUUUAGGAGCCGACAGAAAGAAAUGACACAGAAGUUGGAGGCCCUUCAUUUGGAAGCUCUCUGCAAUGAGAACUUGGUUUUCUGGAGUCAAAAGCAUACAGAGGUAGAAACAGUGGAUCUUGUCUUAAAGCUGAAGAAUAAACUGUUGCAGGCUGGCAGAGAACAUCUUCCUGUGAAAACUGAUACAUUGAAAAAGCUGCAAACGCACAUCGAUGAUAUCAUACUAGCACUUCCAGAUGAUUUACAGGACAUUUUGCUCAAAACUGGCACAACAUGAUUUCUAUGAGAAAUUUUUUUGGUGCAGAAAACAAAAGGCAAAAUGAGCGUCCCAGAAAAGUGGCAUAAAAGGUUUGGAACACAGUUCUAAAUAGUACAUUAACACUACAGAUGG